AUGGUGAAAGGGUCCCAGAAAAUCGUGGCCGUAGAUCAAGACAUACCAAUAAUAGACAUGUCGCAGGAGAGAUCACGAGUGUCGAUGCAGAUAGUCAAAGCUUGCGAGACUCUCGGCUUCUUUAAGGUGGUCAACCACGGUGUUGACCAAACCAUUAUCUCAAGGAUGGAGCAAGAGUCCAUCAACUUCUUCGCUAAACCGACCCAUGAGAAGAUAUCCGUUAAACCGGCCAACCAGCCAUUCCGGUAUGGAUUUAGAGAAAUCGGGCUCAACGGUGACUCUGGUGAGGUCGAGUACUUGCUGUUUCACACUAACGACCCUGCCUUUCUCUCUCAGCUCUCCUUAAGCUCGGCAGUGAAUUGUUACAUAGAAGCAGUUAAGCAGUUGGCUCGUGAGAUCUUAGAUCUGACGGCUGAGGGACUUCGGGUCCCACCUCACACCUUCAGUAGGUUAAUCAGCUCCGUCGAUAGUGACUCUGUUCUGAGGGUGAACCAUUAUCCACCGUCCGAUCAGUUUUUCGGUGGAGCCACACUCUCUGAUAAAUCUGUGUCACUGACCAGGGUUGGCUUUGGAGAACACACCGACCCUCAGAUCUUAACAGUUCUUAGAUCUAACGGUGUAGCUGGACUCCAAGUGUCAAAUUCAGACGGUAUGUGGGUCCCUGUCUCCCCUGACCCCUCAGCUUUCUGCGUCAAUGUAGGAGACUUGUUACAGGUAAUGACGAACGGAAGAUUUAUAAGCGUAAGGCAUAGAGCGUUGACGUUCGGAAAAGAAAGCCGGCUCUCGACGGCGUACUUUGCCGGACCACCACUCCAGGCAAAAAUUGGGCCCUUACCAGUGAUGGUUAAAGCGGUGAAUCAGCCGCGGCUAUACCAAACGUUUACUUGGAGCGAUUACAAAAAGCUCAUGUAUUCACUACGACUUGAAGAUAGUCGUUUAGACAUGUUUCGUACAUGUAAAUGACAAAUGAGAAUGAUGAGAAGGUGUUUUAGAUAACAAUGUUUUUUUUUGUGUGUUUUUUUUAUAACAAUGUUUGUGUUGAGGAUAUUUUAGCCUAACUACGUACGUUCUCU